AUGAAGACCGCGGUGGUGGUGUCAAUUUUUGCUCUCGCGCCAUUCGCGUCGGCUGCAUCCAGCCUCGCGUACUGUGCUUCGACCAACACUGGUUCUUCUUUCAAAUCAGUCAGCGACAUAUUUCAAUCAAAUGGAGCAUGUAGAAUAACUUGCGCCAAUUAUGCCCUCGGUAUCAUCCAAGGGAAGAAAUGCUGGUGCUCGAAUGUUGCUCCCUCUGAGGGCUCGCAAUCAGAAUCCUCCGACUGUGAUACUGCGUGCCCGGGGUAUCCCUCGGACAGUUGUGGAAGUGCAUCCAAAGGGGUGUUCGCCUACGUGGAGAUCCCCAACAACGAUGUGACCAGCACAGCCGGUGGUACAUCCACUACAAAAACUACUUCGUCGUCGGAAUCAAGCUCAACUUCAAGCUCAACCUCGGAAAGUACCAGCGAUCAGCCUGAAACUGUCACUGUAACUGCCUCGGAUUCUUCCGUCUCGACUUCACAAACUUCAACUGCGUCGGAUAAGAAAACAACUACUACCUCGGAAAGUGUCUCAGUGCAGACCAACUCUGGCGGUGAAGUGAGGACAAUUACCGUUGCUGGCUCAAGUCCGACGACGGGCGCCAGCGCUGAUUCCGCAUCGGCCAACGCCAGCACUGCCAACAGCUCGAAAUUGAGCGGAGGUUCUAUCGCAGGCAUUGUGGUUGGUGUCCUUGGAGGUCUCGCCCUAAUUGGUGCUCUCAUCUUCAUGAUCUUCUUCUACCGCAAACGCGCUCGUGCCGUUAGCCCCAUCCCCAGUCAGGAGAUGACCGACGACAGAACCAGCAGAGGAUCGAGCUUCAUGGGAGGUCUCUUCCCACGGGGCAAUGGAGAAGCCGGUGCCGGUGGCUCUAUUCCCGCACGUUCGGGCACAACAUUCACCGAUGGGCGAAUGAAGACGAACGCAACUCUCUACCCGAACGGUCCUCGAGACAGCAGUGUUUCGCUGCAAGAUAAUGAAGACUACUCGCGUCCUGUUCUUCGGCUUACCAACCCCGACUAA